GAAGAUAAACUUUGAGGCUGAUUUUCGAAGCCGUUUCGCAUAAUCAACCAAACAGAUUCUUGUGAUUUUCUCUCGACCUGUUUUAGUUUGUUGUAGGACAGAAUGGAAUCGAGGUUCUGGAACCAGACUGGUAGUGAUUCGGAGGAUGCUGAUAGUGAGUAUGAUGAGGAGGCUGAAGCCACAAGCGUUGAGACUUCCAAACAGAUUGACAACAAAUACCGCACCAAUGUGCUUCCCGACGAUGAAUCUGAGGAUGAGAAGCGUGUUGUUAGAUCGGCGAAGGACAAACGUUUUGAUGAGAUGAGUGCCACUGUUGACAAAAUAAAGAAUGCAAAGAACAUAAAUGACUGGGUGAGCAUGCAGGACUGCUUUGACAAGAUGAACAAGCAGCUUGAGAAGGUGAUGCGUGUGACUGAGUCUGAAAAAGUACCGUCUCUGUACAUCAAAGCGCUUGUUUUGUUGGAGGACUUUUUGGCUCAGGCUCUUGCAAAUAAGGAUGCUAAGAAGGAUGCUAAGAAGAAGAUGAGUAGCAGCAAUGCCAAGGCCUUGAACGCUAUGAAACAGAAGCUGAAGAAGAACAAUAAGCAGUAUGAGGAUUUGAUUAGUAAGUACAGGGAGAAUCCGGAGCAGAGCGAGGAGGAAGGGGGGGCAGAAGAUGAGGAAAGUGAGAAUGAAGAGACAGAUUCUGAAAUUGAGGAUCCGAAAGAUAUUGCGCUUUCGGUCAGUGGAGAUGGUGAUGAAGAGGAAGAAGGUGAUGGGGACAAUGAGGAUGGUUGGGAGAAGAAAAUGAGUAAGAAGGAUAAGCUCAUGGACAAGCAGUUCAUGAAGGACCCUAGUGAGAUCACAUGGGAUAUGAUUAACAAGAAAUUCAAAGAGGUUGUGGCGGCUCGGGGCAGGAAGGGAACUGGAAGGUUUGAACAGGUUGAGCAGCUUACCUUCUUGACAAAGGUUGCUAAGACCCCGGCACAGAAGCUUGAGAUUCUUUUCAGUCUUGUUUCUGCUCAGUUUGAUGUGAACCCUGGUCUCAGUGGGCACAUGCCUAUAAAUGUGUGGAAAAAGUGUGUGCAGAAUAUGCUUGUUAUACUUGAUAUUCUGGUGCAAUAUCCUAACAUUACGGUGGAUGACAUGAUUGAGCCUGAUGAGAAUGAAUCCCAGAAGGGACCGGAUUAUAACGAGACAAUCAGAGUCUGGGGAAACUUGGUGGCCUUUGUGGAAAGGAUAGAUACUGAGUUCUUCAAGAGCUUGCAGUGCAUUGACCCUCACACCCAUGAGUACAUUGAAAGACUCAGAGAUGAACCUAUGUUUUUGACUCUUGCUCAAAAUGUUCAAAAGUAUCUAGAGAAAGCUGGAAGCUUUAAAGCUGCUGCAAAGGUGGCCCUAAGGCGGGUUGAGCUCGUGUAUUAUAAACCGCAAGAAGUUUAUGCUGCCAUGAAGAUAUUGGCAGAGCAGACAGAAGAUGGUGAAACUGGUGGUGAAGGCCAGGAGCCUAAAGCAGUUGAGGAAAGUCGAGGUCCACCUGCAUUUGUUGUAACUCCUGAGCUCGUUCCGAGGAAACCCACUUUUACUGAGAGUAGUAGGGCCUUGAUGGAUAUUCUAGUUUCCCUCAUAUACAAGUAUGGAGAUGACCGGACAAAAGCUCGAGCAAUGCUUUGUGACAUUUACCACCAUGCUCUCCUGGACGAGUUCUCUAUCGCCCGUGACUUGAUGCUAAUGAGUCACCUGCAAGAUAGUAUCUCGCAUAUGGACAUUUCUACCCAAAUACUGUUUAAUAGGGCAAUGGCACAACUUGGUCUCUGUGCAUUUCGGAGCGGACUGAUCCCUGAAGGGCAUAGCUGCCUUUCUGAGCUAUAUUCUGGUGGAAGAGUAAAAGAGUUGCUUGCACAAGGUGUCUCCCAAAGUAGAUAUCAUGAGAAAACUCCUGAACAGGAAAGGCUGGAGAGAAGACGACAAAUGCCGUACCAUAUGCACAUAAACCCUGAGCUCCUGGAGGCAGUUCAUUUGAUAUGUGCCAUGCUGCUAGAAGUGCCUAAUACGGCAGCUAACAUCCACAAUACAAAGCGCAGAGUGAUUAGCAAGACGUUCAGGCGGUUUCUUGAAAUGAAUGAGAAGCAAACAUUCACAGGACCCCCUGAAAAUGUCAGGGAUCAUGUAAUGGCAGCUACCAGAGCCCUCAGCAAAGGUGACUUCGGAAAGGCCUUUAAGGUCAUCAGUUCCCUUCAUGUCUGGAAGCUCCUCAGGAAGAACGAGAGUGUUCUUGAGAUGCUCAAGGCUAAGAUCAAGGAGGAGGCUCUGAGAACUUACCUCUUGACCUACUCCCCCGCAUACAAGACUUUAAGUUUGGCACAGCUCACCCAGAUGUUCGAGCUCUCAGAGGCGCAGGCUCAUUGCAUUGUGAGCAAGAUGAUGAUCAACGAUGAGCUGCGCGCUAGUUGGGAUCAGCCGACACACUGCAUUGUUUUCCAUGAUGUUGAGCAUACUAGGCUGCAGGAUCUAGCUUUCCAAUUGACUGAGAAAUUGUCAAUCAUUGCAGAAAGUAACGAAAGGGCAACCGAAUUGAGGAUAGGCGGCGGUGCUAUAGAGCCUUUGAGGCGUAGGGACAGCCAGGACUAUGGGGCUGGAACAACUGCAGCGAGUGGCAGGUGGCAAGAUAACUUGUCAUACACGCAAGGAAGGCAAGGUGGGGCCUCCGGGCGCACAGGAUAUAGAUCAAUGGCAUAUGGUCAAGCUGCAGGCGGGUAUUCAAGGGAUCGAACAGGCACAGGCCAGUACCGGGGAACAGGUCACAACGCGCGGUAUCAAGAUGCUGCGUAUGGAGGGUCAGGGAGGGCUGGAUAUCAAGCUGGUUCAUCUGCAAGGGGGUCUCAGAUGGAUACUUCAACCCGUUUGGUCAGUCUAAACAGGGGAAUUCGUGCUUAAGGAAACAUAGCAUAAAAGCAAGGCUGAAAUUUUUUCCCCCUUGGAAACUAUUGUUCUUUAUCGUUUGAGGUUAUUUCUAGAGGCUUAAGUUGGAGUUUUUUGUGUUUUCUUUUGCUUAUUAAUAAUAAGUUGCCUCUUUAGUUU